AUGGGGGAGAGGCUCCGAGGCCAGCCCGGCGUUUCCUCGGCGGCCGCCGCCUCCACGGCAGCCGCCGCCAUCCCCACCUGCUCGCUGCACAACGGGCUGCUGCACAACGGCUUCCACCCCAGCAAUGGAGAAGCCUCCCGCCCGCUGCUCUUCCGCCAGGACCUGUCCCUGCCCAGCCAUGGCUCCCCGGCUAAGAAAUGCAGGACGCGGCGGAGGAUGGACUCGGGCAGGAAAAACAGGCCGCCAUUCCCAUGGUUUGGCAUGGAUAUUGGUGGAACCCUUGUUAAACUGGUCUACUUUGAACCAAAAGACAUUACAGCUGAAGAAGAACAGGAGGAAGUGGAAAACCUGAAAAGCAUUAGGAAGUAUUUGACUUCCAAUACGGCUUAUGGUAAAACUGGUAUUCGAGAUGUCCACCUUGAAUUGAAAAACUUGACAAUGUGUGGACGCAAAGGGAAUCUUCACUUCAUCCGUUUUCCAAGCUGUGCUAUGCACAGGUUCAUACAGAUGGGCAGCGAAAAGAACUUCUCGAGCUUGCACACCACGCUUUGUGCCACAGGAGGGGGAGCCUACAAGUUUGAGGAAGAUUUCCGUAUGAUUGCUGACCUGCAGCUUCAUAAGCUAGACGAGUUGGACUGCUUGAUCCAGGGCCUGCUUUAUGUGGAUUCUGUGGGAUUCAACGGCCAGCCAGAGUGCUAUUAUUUUGAAAAUCCUGCGGAUCCCGAACGGUGUCAGAAAAAACCUUACUGCCUUGAUAAUCCGUAUCCUAUGUUGCUGGUUAACAUAGGCUCUGGGGUCAGCAUCUUAGCAGUGUAUUCCAAGGAUCACUACAAGAGAGUUACGGGGACCAGUCUUGGUGGCGGUACAUUCCUGGGACUGUGUUGUUUGCUGACUGGCUGUGAGACCUUCGAAGAAGCUCUAGAAAUGGCAGCCAAAGGAGACAGCACCAACGUUGAUAAACUAGUGAAAGACAUUUACGGAGGAGACUACGAACGGUUUGGCCUCCAAGGAUCUGCUGUAGCAUCAAGCUUUGGCCACAUGAUGAGCAAAGAGAAGCGGGAUUCCAUCAGUAAAGAGGACCUGGCAAGAGCAACUUUGGUCACCAUCACCAACAACAUCGGCUCCAUCGCUCGGAUGUGUGCACUGAACGAGAACAUUGACAGGGUGGUGUUUGUUGGAAACUUUCUGAGAAUCAACAUGGUCUCCAUGAAGGUACUAGCAUACGCCAUGGAUUACUGGUCAAAGGGACAACUCAAAGCUCUCUUUUUGGAACAUGAGGGUUAUUUCGGUGCUGUUGGGGCCCUGCUAGAAUUGCUGAAGAUGACAGAUGAUCAGUGAUGGAAGCCUCCCCCCCCCC